AUGGGGAUGCCUAACCCAAUCAUGAUCUGCUGUGUUUUAGGAUGUCUCUUAUGGUUCCCCCAAGUGAGAGGUGAGGAAGGCUGUCUCAACACCGAACUCUGUUCAGGUACAGAGUGGGACCGUUUGUGGUAUAUCUGGCUGGUGAUGGUGAUCGGUGGGCUGAUGCUCCUGUGUGGCCUGGUUUCCAUCUGCGUGAGAUGCUGUUUUCAUUGCCGUCAGACAGGGGAGGAAUCAGGUCCUCAGCCCUAUGAGGUCACCGUCAUUGCUUUUGAUCAUGACAGCACCCUUCAGAGCACCAUUACCUCUCUCCAUUCUGUGUUUGGACCUGCUGCCAGGAGGAUAUUAGCGGUGGCACACUCCCAUAACUCUGCACAGGGACCACCAUCCCUCUCAGCAUCAGACACCCCGCCAGUCUACGAAGAAGCUCUGCACAUGAGCAGAUUCACAGUUGCCAAAGCAGGGCAGAAAGUGCCAGACCUGGAUCCAGUGCCGGAGGAAAAAAUGCAGGCAUCUGCCGAGGGCAAGGAUGCCCAGCCAGCCCUCCCAGGACACUAG